UAUAGCAGCAGCCACUGCUGGGUACUCUGGAGCCAGAGAGUCCCUGGGCAGCAUGCUGUGUGCCCUGCUCCUCCUGCCCAGCCUCCUGGGGGCCACCAGGGCCAGCCCCACCUCAGGCCCCCAGGAGUGUGCAAAGGGCUCCACGGUGUGGUGUCAGGAUCUGCAGACAGCUGCCAGGUGCGGGGCUGUGGGGUACUGCCAAGGGGCCGUAUGGAACAAACCCACCGCAAAGUCUCUGCCCUGCGACGUAUGCCAGGACAUAGCAGCCACUGCUGGCAAUGGGCUGAACCCUGACGCCACGGAGUCUGACAUCCUGGCUUUGGUGAUGAAGACCUGUGAGUGGCUCCCCAGCCAGGAGUCUUCAGCUGGAUGCAAGUGGAUGGUGGAUGCCCACAGUUCGGCCAUCCUGAGCAUGCUCCGUGGGGCCCCGAACAGUGCCCCGGCACAGGUGUGCACAGCGCUUAGCCUCUGUGAGCCGCUGCAGAGGCACCUGGCCACCCUGAGGCCACUCUCCAAAGAGGACACCUUUGAGGCUGUGGCUCCGUUCAUGGCCAAUGGGCCCCUUACCUUCCACCCUCCCCAGGUGCCUGAAGGAGCUCUGUGCCAAGACUGUGUACGGCAGGUCUCCCGACUCCAGGAGGCUGUCCGGUCCAACUUGACUUUGGCCGACCUGAACAUCCAGGAGCAGUGUGAGUCCUUGGGGCCUGGCCUGGCUGUCCUCUGCAAGAACUACCUCUUCCAGUUUUUUGUCCCUGCUGACCAAGCACUGAGGCUUCUCCCCCCGCAGGAGCUCUGCAGGAAGGGGGGAUUCUGUGAGGAGCUAUGGGCACCUGCCCGUUUGACUCAAGUAGUGGCCAUGGACAGGGUCCCCUCCCUGGAGCUGGGAUUGCCAAGGAAACAGAGCGAGAUGCAGAUGAAGGCCGGUGUGACCUGUGAGGUGUGCAUGAACGUGGUGCAGAAGCUGGACCACUGGCUCAUGUCCAACAGCUCUGAGCUCAUGAUCACCCAUGCCCUGGAGCGCGUGUGCUCGGUAAUGCCUGCCUCUAUCACGAAGGAGUGCAUCAUCUUGGUGGACACCUACAGCCCCUCCUUGGUGCAGCUUGUGGCCAAAAUCACCCCAGAGAAGGUGUGCAAGUUCAUCCGUCUGUGUGGCAACCGGAGGCGGGCCCGGGCAGUCCAUGAUGCCUAUGCCAUCGUGCCAUCCCCAGAGUGGGAUGCGGAGAACCAGGGCAGCUUCUGCAAUGGGUGCAAGAGGCUGCUCACGGUGUCCUCCCACAACCUGGAGAGCAAGAGCACCAAGAGAGACAUCCUGAUGGCCUUCAAGGGUGGCUGCAGCGUCCUGCCGCUGCCAUAUAUGAUUCAGUGCAAGCACUUCGUCACCCAGUACGAGCCCGUGCUCAUUGACAGUCUCAAGGACAUGAUGGACCCUGUGGCUGUGUGCAAGAAGGUGGGAGCCUGCCAUGGCCCCAGGACCCCACUGCUGGGCACCGACCAGUGUGCCCUGGGCCCAAACUUCUGGUGCAGGAGCCAGGAGGCCGCCAAGCUGUGUAACGCUGUGCAACACUGCCAGAAGCACGUAUGGAAAGAGACACCCCUGCACGCUGGGGAACACGCGUGACCGUGGCCACCAGAGACCCAGAGCCUGCUAGCGAGGCCCAUGAGGUGGGUGCUUUCCCCAACCCCAUUUCACAAAUGAAAAACUGAAGCUCUGAGGAGAGAGGCUGGGAAGGAGCAGAGCUGAAGUUCAAAGCCAAGUAUUCCUGAUCCCGAAAGCCUCUCUCUUAACAACGGUGCUGCACAGCUUUGCCCUCGAAAGCAUCUCUACUGGACCAGAACACACUCACGUGCCCUGCUCCCUGACCCAGCCAAGGCUGCCCUUUCAUCUCCAAGGCUGAGAUGUUGCCGGUGGUCCCAUGAGAGCCUGCCCAUUGGCUCAGGUGCCCCUUUACCUUCUGCUGGAUGGACGUCCGGCUGUGAGCCAGGCUGGGGUCAUGGCCGGGGUGAGCAGAGGCAGGGGUGGAUGGAGGCUUGGAGGGCCCAUCACUAGUGGGGUCAUUACCUCUUGUCAACAGCUGGGGGUGGGAGUCUGGGUCUCGCUCAGGCCAGAGCUUCUCAACCUGGAGUCCCUGGGGGUGGCUGCCAAAGGUGUGUGUGAGAGGCACAUAUCCCUGGACAUUUCUGGGGAGAGGUCUGGGGUUUUGGCCACAUUCUCCAAGGGCUGCUGGGCUUCGGAGCAGUCCCCCACCAUGUCUCAGCCACUACAGGGUCCCUCUCUCUCCUUGCACCCCAGACCCUCCGCUGCCCUGGUAAUGAGCAGAAGGAAAGUCUUGGGGUGUGCUCAAAAUCAGGAGAGCAAAACAUUCCAGGCAAAAGCUCCUGGGAAAAGCUGGAGGAGUCUGGGGUGGCCACCGGGGUGUGGAGCAGCAACGGCAAAGACGGUGAAUACAGCCCUCCAGCUGUCUGAGCCUCAGUUUUCUAAUCUGUAGAAUGGGGAUGAUCAUACCUGCCUCACAAGAAUGUUGAGACAACUCACAGAAACGUUCUGGAGCCCCUUCCCCCUGAGACCGGCAUUCAUGAGUCUGCUGGGACCAGAAAGCCCAUCUCAGGGGGCCAGCGGGGCACCCAGGAGAGUCUGGCGGUGCAAGUGUUGUAUAAACCACAAGCGUUCUCCAAAUGCCGUGUGCCGUGUUUUUAUUCUCAGGGAAGGCGCAGAUCCCAGAGCUGCUACAACAGCCCCCACCUUGCCCUGGUGCCUCCACCUCGCCCCAGUGCCCCCUCUGGCAGAAAGCCUCCAGGGGGGUUUCCAGCCAGGUUCAAGUGCUCCUGUGGUUUCUGCUCCUGCUGUGUGGCCCCCCAAGACACUGUGCCCCCUCCAGGAGAGGCCCUGGGCAUGUCCCUGCAGUGUCCUUGCAGCUGGCCCAGCAUCUGCGCGCAGCAGGUGCUCACACAUCUGGGAGCCGCACACGAGUCCCGGGGGUGGAAGCUGGCAUUUCACCUGAGGCCCAUGGAUUAAUUCUCCUCUCGAGUAAGAGGUGCACCAGGCCUGGAUGGACGGGAUGUGAGCGGGUGCUGUUUUCCAAGAGGCCACACCCGAGCUCUUAAGUAAACGUCGCAGACCUGGGCCACCACCCCAGGAACACAGGCACACUUGGCCUGAGAUUCUGGAUGCCUCAGAAGUGGCCCCUAUUGGCUGGGCAGGCCUGGGCCCACUGGGCAGUCCCACAAAAGAUAAGGCCAGCAAGGGGUGGUGGUCGUGCCUGGCUACCGGAUGGGCCAUGGGAAGGCAGCUCUGCACCAGACUCCAAAACACAGCCGCCCGAAGUUGUUGGCCUCUUCCCCUGAGACCACCCACCCUCUCCAGGAGCAGCCCCAGAGGCUCUCUGUCUGCCUGCCGGUAGGUGUUCCCACCUGACACACUCUGUGGGACAGGAUGGAGCCACAGGCCCUCCUCUGGCUUGGCUGUGAGUCGGGAGGAUGCCUACUGGGAAGUAUGUGUGACAUGACCUGAAAUCCCCCAACAGGUCGUCUGGGAGAGGCCAGGAGAGGGCAAGCGCCACACCUGCCAGGUGGCCCAGCUCAGCCCACCUGCCCCCACCCCAGAGCUAACUGCAGUGGGUGGUCAGGGUGGGGUGUCCCCACACCCUCUUCCCUACCCACCCCUUGGGCCUGGGUACCAGCUGCUCCCACAGACCCACUGAGCAAAUGCGUCUCCACUAGAUGGUUGGCCAUGAUGAGCGGAGCUCACUGGCCAUGACCCCACAGGCCCAGCUGCACACCCAGGUCAUGAGCACGGCCCUGUCCCACCCCCAUAGGGGCCCUCUGACCCCUCCACUCACUCAUCCGCCACCAAAGCUGUGGAGGCCUGUGGCAGGGUCUCAGUCACCUCCAUCCCUUGUGCCCGGAACCAAGCCUGGAACACAGGAGGUGCUCUGCAAGUGUCCAUGGGGGGUGGCUGCCUUGGGGGCUAAAGGCAGAGAGGCAGGAGGAGCAAGGGAUGGGCCCACUGGUGCUGACGGCAGCACCACCAUUCAGCACUGAGACUGAGGCUUAAGGAGUCCAUCCAAACGACUCCAUAGCCGCUGCGUUCAGGCUGGAAAAGGCUUUUCAGUGGAGGGUACUGUAACUGUCCAGCUGUGGGAGAGGAGAUGCCAGCCCAGGAGAAGAGCAGCUGGCCUACUGGGCCUAGAAGUUUGGGAGACCCAUCUCAGCAAGGAUGAGAAAUCAAGACAGAUGUUGAGCAUGGAUUUCCCAGAGGCGGUGACUGCGCCGCACAGAGGAGCAUCUCUGCCUGGGAGGAGGGAGAGGGCUCCUGCCAGGCUGCCAGAGCCCAGCAAGUACCUGCACCUUCAGCCAGACACAUGCUGGGCAUUCUUCAGAUGCCAUCGUAAGGCGGAGGCCUGGGACGCCCCAGAACACCUACGGAUGCUGCCCCUCAGGCUUUCUCGGCCACACCGGGUGCAGAAGGGCUGUGGGAGCCUGGAAAAGGGCUUGGUGGUCCAGCUGUUUUGUUGUUGUUGUUUUUGUUUUUUUUGUUUGUUUGUUUGUUUUGGCUUGGGGCUUUUCUUAGAAGUGAUGUGUUGUUAGAAACUUCAAACCAGAUACAAAUAUACCCAAUGAUGUUCUCUCUCGCUGUCUCUUUUUUUUUUUUGGUGAAUAAUUUAUACAAACUCAGGGCUCUCCUGGAAAGCAUGGAAGAGCAGUCCGUGGGGACAACCACCUUCAAUGUGGGAACAGUGAGCCCUGAGCCCUGGAGGGGCACGUCAGGGACAGCCCGUGCUGUCCACGCUCCCUCCCCCACUUUCACUUCCCGUGACCUCCAGGGAUGAAAGUCAAAUCUAUUCCUUACAACGAGAAGCGGGCCUGGAAAAGCUUCCCCAGCACACCCGAGUGCCAGGCACCACAGGGCCCAGGACAGUGGCCCCUGUGCACCAGACGGGGGUUGCCAGCCUGCCGGGCAUGGCUCCAGGAGCUGUGCUGGCUUCACUCAUGGCCCACCCCCCACAGCCACAGUGCGACAGUGACUAUUCUUAUUCUAUUCCCCAGAGGUGGAUGCUGAAACCAGAGAGGUUAAAUAACUUGCCCGAGGCCACACAGCCAGUAGUGGAGGGAGCAGCAGGCUCAGGGCGUGUGUUCUCUGUCCUCACACCCGCGACCCACGAUAUGUCCACGUGCAAGUCCUGACCCCACCACUCUGUGGCCUUGGUUCAGGGUCCUCAUCCCUAACCUGGGUGACCCCACCUCCCCAGGUCCUCCACAGGAUGGAGGGUGCCCUGUGGGAGGGGCCCGCCGGGUGCAUGCACAGAGGAACGGGCUUUUCUAGGCACGUCCUUCCAUGACACUUCUGUCUUUUCUUUGUUCUUCCAGCUAGGCUCUUAAAAUGCAUUUUCAUUGUUAUAUUUUUACAGAUCUUUAAGUUACACUGUGAUUUCCAGGUCUGGUAAGGCGGAUUCACUUUCCCAGAGUACCUUAACCACUCUCUGCUGCUGUUUUCUUCAUGUCUUCCUCACCAAAUGCCCUUAGGGUGGAAGAGGCCAUGGGACCUGGUAAAUUAGCCAAAUGCUGAUGCCAAGGCCCUGAGAGCACGUAUGGGUGCAGGGAUGCCCAGCUACUGUGAGCCCCCAGCCAAUCUCCGGGGAGCUGGGGUGGAAUAGAGCAGCACCAGGGAAGCCCAUGCUCAGCUCCAGCCAUGCCGCAGGGACAUCGUGAUGUCACAGGCACCUUCCCCAAAGCCCUAGGCAGGGGGUGUGCAGGCCCAACCCCAUGCACACACUCACGCAUGUGCCUCAAUGCAGUGCACCAAGUCAAAAGUCAACAACUCUGCCACCCCUGGACAAACCCUUACAUUCUCCUUUCCUCAUUUUCCUCGUCUGUGAAAUGGUCACAGCAGCCCCACAUCCCUAUCCAGCAGCAUAGUUACCAGGUUACAGUGACAACUAAUCCUGCUAGUUGACAUACCCUGUGAGCCAGCCACUCGGCUCACUCAGACUGGUGAAGAGGUGCCUUCCUGGGGUCUGGGCUCCCCUGCGCCACCACCCCCUCCUGUCUAGUCUCAUCACAGCAGUGAUCCUGACAAAAUCUAAGUCCGGGCCAGUUCACAACCUCCUCACUCCCAGUAAAAGCAGAUAAAAGCUGAGGCCCUUACCAACCCACCGCCAGCUGGGUGGACUGCACCCUGGUGCAGCCCAGCCCCUCCCCUUGCUCUUUCCCCUCCAGCCACACCGGCCUGGCCUUGCACACACCCCAGGCCCACCCCAGGGCCUUUGCUUGGCCCUAGACAUGCUCCUCUCGGUCCCUCCUGCGGUUCAGACCUUCCCUGCAGAACCCUGCCCAGCAUUACCUCCGGCCCCCACCUGCUAUUCC